AUGGGGGCAGACACACGGGAGCUGCUGCAGCAGCAGCAGCAUGUAAUACCAUCGCAACAGCAGCAGCAACAAACACCGGUACCAUCGCUGCAGAAACAACCUUGUCCACCCGACGAACAACAGCAACAACACCAGCAGCCCCGCACAAGCCGGCGUGCAAAUCGCAACUUCCUUCAGCAGCGGCACCAACAGGAUCAACAGGACCAGCCGCAGCAACAGCAGCAGCAGUUCCUGCAGCAAAACAGAGCACGAAACAGAACAAACCCUCAGCGACGACCCCGUCAGCAGCAGCAGCAGCAGCAGCAGCAGCAGCAGCAGCAGCAGCACCAAGCUCUCGUUCUCCCUCCCUGGGGUCCACAUGCAACGGAUUCCCCUGCAGCAGAAAGGCCUGUGGGUCGCUCCUCCAGGGCUGCCCGUCGCGAGGCAGCAGCAGCAGCGGCAGCAGAAGCUGGCGCAGCAGCCGCUGCUGCAGCGGCAGCGGGUGGUGCAUCGCCAGUGCGCGAAUGGGUUCCUGGUUCUCUACAGCAUUCUCUGCAACAUCCAACGCAGCAUUCACUGCAACAUUCACUGCAGCAGCUUCAGCACCGUUGCUGGGACCGGAUGGAGCGGCAGCCACGGGAGGAGUACAGGACAAUGCUGCCUUUUGGCGGCCUUACCUCUGAUGCGCUACGCUUGCGGCUGGACCAUGGGUACCCUCUAGAUGUGAGGGGAGGGGGCCCGCAUCAGCCCAGACUGAGGCCGUCCCCACCCCACUGCGGCUUCCUUGGAGCCCCCCACUUCUGCCUCCCCGUGUUGGGGCUGACGCCGCAGGGUCCUCACAGUGGCGCGCCGCAGCCCUGGGCGCCCCCCCUGACCUUUGAGGCCGCCCCCACAGCAACAACUCCACCGGCCGCCGCCUCGCUUCCGCCGGUGCAACAGUGUUUUUACGCACAGGGGCCGCCGCCGCAGCAGCAGCGCGGACAGCAGCCACCGCAGCAGCACGUACAGCAGCAGCAGCAGCACCUACAGCAGCAGCAGCGCGUACAGCAGCAUAUGCAGCAGCAUCCUACCCCCUUGGCUCCUCUUCCCCCUCACUAUUUGUAUUCUUCAUCUGAGUAUCCGUUCCUCUCAGUGGUGGGCGUCCCCACGAGGUCCUCGUUUGCUGGGGCCCCCCACCCCGAAGGCAGCGGCGCAAGCAGCAGCAGCAGCCCUUUGCAACCAGGCGAUGCCUGCAGCACGCAGAUCAUUGCUGCUGAAGCAGACCCUGUCGACUUCCCCGCUGCAGCAGCAUCAGCAGCAAACGAAGCAACAGGGGCGACGGAAACUGCAGCAGCAGCAGCGGCAGCAGCAGCAGCAGUAGCAGCAGCAGCACAUGCGCCUGCCACGGACGGCCCGAGGCCCAUGGAAGCAGCAAGGUACCCGGCGGUGGGUGUCGGGGACAAGCAAGAAGGCGGCUCGACAGCUGGCGCUGCUUCUGCUGCCGCAGGUGCUGCUGUUGCAGCGGCAGCCGCCACUGCAGCGGCCGCAGCAGCAACAGCUCCUGCCUCGGCUCUGAACGGCGUCGUUCCCCUUGGCGCCUCUAUGGGCUGCCCCACCCCAUAUGCUGUUUUUCGCGAGGCACCGCUGCAGCAGCAACAAUCGUGGCAGCAUUUGUCGCACUCGUACUGGCAGUCGUGGCAGCUGCAGCAGCAACAGUGGCAGCAGCUGCAGCAGCAGCAGCUGCAGCACCAACAGCUGCAGCAGCAACACCUGCAGCAGCAGCACCUACAGCAGCAGCAGCUGCAGCAGCAGCAGUGGCAGCAUUGGCAGCAGCAGUGGCAGCAAUGGCAACGAAUGUCCUACGCACUGGCUGCUCCAGUUGAUGUGCCUGCGUACACGUACCUUCCUCUGCAGCAGCUGCAGCAGCAGCAACAGCAGCUGCAGCAGCAGCAGCAGCGAUAUUUGGGCCUGGUCCAGCAGCAGCGACACGACUGGGGGCUUCAGAGGCCAGCUGGAGUGAACAAGAGUCACCAGCGGGCGCCACGGCGCGGCCCACAGCAGCAACACCACCAGCAGCACCAGCAGCAGCAGCAGCACCAGACUGCCUCGGCUCCCCACUGCAGCAGCGUUCCUGGCCCCCGCAGAGGCCUUCCGCGCCAGUGGCAACAGGCGGCCUUCCCAGUGUCAACAGCAGCCGCAGACUGCGUGCCUCAAACUGCCUCGGGGUCCUCUGCGGCGGCGGCAGCAGCAGCAGCAGCUGCUGCUGCUGCCGCUGUUUACCCGUGGCCGGUGCACGCACUUGCAACAGCUCCCGUCUGCGAGCCCACAGGUACUCGAAUGACCCGUACAGCCGGUCGCAUGACUGCUGCUCCUGCGUCCAGCUACGCUGGUAGUGUGCACAGCGCUUCUUCUACUUCCUCCCCGCAGCAGCCGCAGCGGCAGCAGCAGGGCCAGUGGGAGGCGCAUGGACGCUCUCACCCAUGGAGCUCAGGCAAUCGAAGUGGAAGGGAGCUACCCUGCCGGCCUCGGUUGAUGCAGGAGGAGCGGAACCUUGUUGCCAGCGCGCAGCAGCUAGGAGAAGCGCCUCCCCGGGCCUGCAGGAGACGCGCAACCAAGAGCACUCCACCUCCUGCCCCUACUGCUACUGCUGCUACUGCAGCUUCUGGUAAUAUUGCUGCGGGGUGCCGUCAGGUGCUAUCCAGUAACAACUCAGCAGCCAUGGAUUCGACAAACUGUGCCGCAGCAAUUUCUCAGGACGGAGGAAAGGGUGGGGGUUGCAGCAGUAGCUCAGGCGCACGCCACAGGAGUCACAGCAGCAGCCACAACAGCCGCAGCAGCAGCAGGAGCCGCGAGAGCAGAAGCAGCAGCGGGAGCAUCACAAACAGCCCGAUGCUCCCCGAGGAGGGUUAUGCGUACACUAAGAACAUGGCGUAUCUAGCCCCGCUAGAGGCAAAGAAAGUUGGCCCUGGCGACUUUGUGCUGCUGCACGUCAUCGGCAAGGGCUCAUAUGGCAAAGUUAUGCUGGCCCGGUUCGAGCAAGACGGCCAGCUAUACGCGCUGAAGGUUCUUCUGAAGGAAUCGCUGCUGCGUCGCAGCCAGGUGCAGCACACGCGCACGGAGCGGGCGGUUCUGGAGGCGAUAUCUCAUCCUUUUAUUGUGCAGAUGCACUUCGCAUUUCAGACACCCAAGAAGCUUUACUUUGUUUUAGAGUACUGUCCCGGGGGGGAGUUGUUUUUCCAUUUGCAGAAAGAAGGGAAAUUCACUGAGGAGCGCUCUCGCUUCUACGCGGCUGAGCUGCUGCUCGCGUUGGAGCAUCUUCACAAACACAACGUGAUCUACAGAGACCUCAAAUCAGAAAAUGUGUUGCUGGAUAUGGAUGGCCAUAUCCGGCUAACAGACUUUGGUCUCUCAAAGAGCGGCAUCGCCGACAACAAUAGUGCCCGAUCCGUGUGUGGGACGCCAGAGUACAUAGCCCCUGAGAUCCUGUGUCAGGUCGGGCAUGGAAAAGCAGCGGAUUGGUGGAGUCUCGGGGCCCUGCUCUACGAAAUGCUGACAGGCCUGCCCCCUUUCUACACGGCGAACCGCCAAGCCCUUUUCACGAACAUUCUCUGGGGGGGACUGGAGUUCCCUGCGGAUUUGUCCCCCGCAGCUGUUGACCUCCUGAAGAAUCUUCUGCACCGUGAUGCCAACGAGCGAUUGGGCGCUGGACCCUUAGACGCAGAGGAGAUAAAGAGGCAUCCCUUUUUUGAAUCUGUAGAUUGGGACCUGCUUCUUGCGAAGAAAAUAGAGCCACCUUUCAAGCCCCGCCUCCAUUCACAUGAGGACAGCAAGUACUUUCCGGCGGAUGUUAAACGAGAACCCGUUUUAUCAGGUGACGGUGAAGGGCCUGACGCAGCUUUCGGUACCGCCAUCUCCAGGGGCAACAGCACGAGAAUGCAACGGUCUCGCACACCCAUGCCGCACUCUGCAGGGAACAGCAGUCGCAGCAGCAGCAGUAGGGCAGCAACAGGUACAGCACCAGCAGAUCUUGCAGCCGGUGGCGCCUGUGCUGCGACAGCUCACAAGGGGACAGCUCGGCACCCAGAGGACGCAUGCGCACACGCAAAUGCAUGCAGCUCUCACUCUCCUCACAACACCCAGCCAACCGAAGACGAGGAAGGAGAGGCCCUCUUCAAGGGAUUUACGUAUGAUGAACGCCUCCAGGGGUCUGUCUACCUCUCCUGUUUGAAUGUUGAUUGCACCAUACGCGUUUUGGACCUUUACAACUCCUGA